AUGACCGCGGACGAAACCCUCGCGCACGUCCAAACCGUCAGCGCCACCCAGCGCGCCAACAGCGCCAUCUACGCCCACCUCCUGGCGGACCUGACCAUCACCGCCGCCACCGAGGGCCACCUCCACGCGACCAUCCGCAUCGCCAAGCCCCACAUCAACUCCAAGGGCGGGCUGCACGGGACCAUGUCCGCCUGCCUCGUCGACUGGGCCGCGGGGAUGGUCAUCGCCACCUACGGCGGCAGCUACACCGGGGUGAGCACGGAUCUUCAUGUCUCGUACGUCGCCUCGGCCAAGGAAGGGGAGAUGUUGGAGGUGACCGGCCGGGCGAUGAAGGUCGGCGGGACGAUGGCCUACAUCUCGGUGGAGAUCUGUAAGGUCGUGCCGGACGAGACGAGUGGCGGGGAGAAGCGGGUGGUGGUGGCGACGGGGUUGCAUACGAAGUUUGUGAAGCAGCGGUGA